UUUCAGACGAAAUAGCGUGACAGUGCGAAUAAUGGCACAAUAGAAAUGGUACGAACAAAAACAAUGGAUUCUCUUUUGAACUCAAAAAGGAAGAUGGAUAAAAGGGAUUAUAACAGAUAUCAGUACGACUACGGACAGAGUGUGUGUCAGAUGCAGCAGCAAUAUCUACCAGCUCCGUUGAUGCUCCAUCAAACGAGCUCCCUAGGAGCUGACCUCAACCAACUUGAUGCAGAGCGGUCAAUCCAGAGUGACCCAGAGGACAAUCGCAAACGGAGGACACUACUGCUUCAUAAACACAAUCAGUCCUGGGGCUUCACCCUUCAGACCUAUGGUAUCAAGAACAAGAAAACAAAUGAAGUAGAAGUAAUGACAUAUGUUGACUACAUAGAUUUAAACAGCUCUGCUUACAUCGCUGGUCUCAGGACAGGUGAUGUCAUUCUUUCUGUUAAUGGUCGUAGUAUGGAAGUGGCCACACAUGCGGAGCUUGUAUCAGCUAUCAAAUUCAGUGGCGAUAAACUCAGGUUGGUGGUACUCUUUGAAGACUGUGUCCAUAAAGUUGAGCUGUAUGACCGAAUCAUACGCCUGAAGAGAGUUGUAACCAGCAAAAUGGAGGAAUUACGUGAUUUGGAAUUUCAAGAACGAGAAAUAUUAGAACGGUACUGUGAGAACAAGGGUAUCAGUCGGUAUGACGAUAUUCGCCGAAGUGUUUACAGUACGGCCUCUAGCAGUAGCUGGGACCGCUACAGUGUCUUAUCAUCACAGGUUGUCAGUAACUUUCCAAAGAACAGACAUAACAUCCCCAAGGUCAUGGUCAGUGGGGAAGGAUACUGUGAAGGCACACUUGUCCACGAUGAAGAAGACUCGGGAUCCAUAUUGAGUGAAUCAUUCGGUCUCGAAGACAGUUACUGUGAUAUAUCAUAUGCAGACUCUGACAGUGAUAGUGUCUCAGGGCUCAGAUUCACAUGUGAUGGACACAGUGUUAACUCAGGCAGUUUAGGUAGUUUUAGGAGCCAGAAGAAUAACCUUAUUGGGGCACAUGGAAAUGUAGGGAUUAUUCCUGAAGGUGAAACAUUGGAGGAUUUGGAGGAUCAGUCGAUGGACAGGUUAGGGGCCUAUGGACCGAUAGAUAUAACCUUUAACCCCUUGCUUAGUCAUGACAUUCGCAAAAUAAAAUCUGAAGGUCAUAUGGAAAAGCUGCAAUGUAAACCAUCAAGAAACAGUAUACAAAAUCUAAAACAUACUAAUAAACUGGAAGUGCCAAAGUUAAUCAGCUGUUCAAAUGGAUCACAACAAGUGUUAAAGGAACAAAGAUAUGGUUCGUUUAGGUCACUUCAGGAAGAAAGCUGGCAUGAAAGUGAUAUGUCAGAGGUCAGUAGUGUUAGGUCAGAGGUCAGUAGUUCAAAGACAGAGGUUAGACAACACAAACAAUUAUCACUUAAUUCUGUGGCAGAGGUAUGUACAGGUGAAGCUGAACAAUCAAACCCAGACACAAUAGCUAGUCUUCAACCUCAGAAACAAGACAUGUUAAACAAUCUUACAAACAACACUGACCACAGUGUUCAAAUACCGUUUCUAUAUUAUGGGCCUGUCCAUAUUAAUGAGGAGACAGAGAUAACAAAAUUGUGACAAACUUCAAAUAUACUAUAUAAUGAGUAUUCAUGAUAUUUAACAUGGGGAUGCUUACUUCUGGAGAUACAUUAUAUCUCAUUUGUUAUAACUGUGAAUAUGACAUCUAUGAUGUUAUGUGUACCCUAAUUACAAACACCAAAGAUAAUAACUAAAUGCAAGAACUCAUCAGUUGAGAAAUAAUUUUUGUGUGAUAAUAAUGAAUAUUUUAUACUGACUAAAUCCACCUAAUUUAUACGACAGAUAGUUGAAUGUAGAGAAGUUUAAAGAAAGUUUUUGGAAGUUGAUAUUAGAAAACUACUUGCUGUGUUUACAGCAUGUGAUAAAAUAUGGUAAGAUAUUGAUAUAUCACCAUAGAAACAAACGGGAAGUAUGUUGUGAUAUCACCAUGGAGAAAAACAAUCAUCAUCAAGACAAACAGGAUGUUUAUGAUUGCGAUAUUGCCAUGGAGAUCAACAGGAAGUUUGUGUUAACAUCACCAUAUAGACAAAACAGGAAGUAAAUAUGUUGUUGAUGUUGCCAUGGCGACUGACAGGAAUGUGAUAAUGUCAGUAAUAAAUUGUAUACUGUGAUAAUUUUAAGGGAGAUAACUUGACUUUUGUAACAAUUAUGGCAAAAUUGAAGGAUGUCAGCUUUUUCAUAGGUUUCAAACCCAAAUAACUGACCCCAGCCAGAGAACUGAAGAUCGUAGAAAACAUACUAAUGCCUGUUAUAUCUUUUAAGCUGCCACAAUUACAAUGCCUUUUAUUUUGUGUUAAGGAAUUCACAAGAAAUAAAAUAUACAGGGCCAGGUUUUAAAAUUGUGUCAUCUACAGGGUGAUCUAAUGAAGUUUGAGGGGACAUAUUUAUCAUGGAAAUAAGUAAAUACAUUAAAAAAUAAGACCAAUUUUCAAUACAAAAUUAUUAUAGUGUCUUUACAUAUAUAAAGAUGCCUUGUAAAAUCCUGACUUUGAAUGAAAUGAUACUACAACAGUUUUGAACAGAUCUGUUUUGUAAUGGAUCAACGUUACUUAUGAAACUUUAGAAGAAAGUUUUUAAUUAUAAAUCUAGGGUUGUUUGAUAAUACUUAGUCUGGAAAGCUGCUUCUGAAUGUGAUUAUUUUUAAAAUGAAUAUGAAGGCAGAAAAAUGAAAUUCUACAUAUUGUAAAUAUAUGGGAGUACAUAUGUAGUGGGAUGCAGGGUAGAGGUUUGACCAAUCAGUAUAGAUAUUCUGUAAUGAAAUCUAAUUUUGAAAAUUAUAUAUUUUGAUGAUAACCCUGAAUUGAAAAAACACUACUUUCACAGAGAUUCAUGGCAAAAGUUCUAUGAAAUAGUCAAUUUGAAUAACUAUUUUUUCUCAAAAAUCUAAUUUAGUGUCUUCCAAAAGUUUUGCUAAUACCUCAUUUUGAAUAGAACUUGCGGUAUUUAGACUUGGCAGGGUGAAUGCAUGCUUGAAUUGAUCAACACACAAGUAAUACGUAACAGUAAAUCUAAGGAUUGCCACUAAGCGUUUGAGCUUACUGGUGUUGCCCUACCAGCUCCAUAAAAACACAGGGAAAAGGCCCAGGAUUACUCUGGAUGUAUGUCUUUCUUAUGAUCAACCCUAAUUUUGAACUGGUGCUACAGUAAUUGUCCGAAAAGCUGAAUGAAGGGAGAUAACUGGCCAACAGUUCACAACAUGAAUGUAUAAGAUAUAUAUAGCAUGUAUCCCUACGGUGUUAAACUUUUCAGGGAUGGAUACACCUAGAAUUGUUGUUAGAUCUAUGCUGAUCUAAUUUUGUAGUGAUAUAUUCCUUAUUUGGAUUGUUUUCUAAUGAAAUGUACUGGAGGCCAUUUGCUUAAUAUUACGUGUUGGUUAUGAUUAAGUGUAUUUUGUAUCAGACUCAAACUCUAAGGUGCUAUUUCUGCUUUAUUUAUUUUUGCAUUUAUGUUGAUAAUUUAAUCAGUUAAAAUAUGUUGAUAUGUGUGUUUACAUGUGUAAGUUAGGUUGAUGUAUUGUUGAUGCAUACAGGUCAAAGUCAUUGAUGAUGUUUAAGGUCAAUGUCAUUGAUGAUGUUAAAGGUCAAGGUAAUUUAUACUGUUAAAAGGUCAAUGUCAUUGAUGAUGUUGAAGGUGAAGGUUAUUUAUACUGUUAAAAGGUCAAUGUCAUUGAUGAUGUUGAAGGUGAAGGUUAUUUAUACUGUUAAAAGGUCAAUGUCGUUGAUGGUGUUUAAGGUCAAUGUCAUUGAUGAUGUUAAAGGUCAAGGUUGUUUAUAUUGUACAGAAAAGAAGAUCGUAGAUAUACAUGAUGGAAAGCCAAGCUUAUCAACUGUAUAUAAGUAUGUUAUAAGCUUUUUUGUAUUAUAUAUCAGACAAAUGACUAAGUUGAUUUAGAUUUUAAAGAAAGCUGUUGAAUGUCAGAAUCUUUUCUUUUAUAGAAUAAUUCUUAAAAGCCAUUUGUACACGAUGUGAUAUAUCCCCCCUACUAGUGCCAUGUAAAUAAUGAUAUUGGAUAUGUCUUUAGCUGAGGAUGUCAAUAUAUAAUAUCAGCAUGAAACUUGUACAUAUUGUUAAUACUGUGUUGUUUUCAUGAUUUGUAGUGUUUAGAGACUUGAAAGGAAGAGGAAAUGAAAGCUCAAGGGAGGUUAGGGGCGGGGAAAGGAGAGACAGAGAGAGCGCAUUCACAGUACUAUGCUUGCGGGAAAUUAAUUAUGGAGAAAAAUCAGUUUUAAGGGGAUAAUCCAAAUUCCCCAUAAUUCAGUGACAUUAUUUUGGAAACACAAUGUAAAAAUUUGCAGUUUCCUGUCAAAAGUUGAAAAUGUGUUAUUUUCAAUACAGCUGGAUAAUUCCAAUUACCUCCGUCUUUGUCUUCAGUUUGCAGUAGAAACAUUUAAAUAAUGGCAUGAUCAUAAUUUUUAGUGGGGAAAAUGAUAACAUUUACAAAUAUUUUUUUGGAAAAGAUGAGAGAAUGGAAUUGUGUUUUGAGAGGAAAAUAUUACGGCCAUGGAAUUUGUGAAUUGGAAAGCAUAUUCCCCUCAAUGUGGUUUUCCAAAUUCCCCACAAGCAUAGUGUCAUGAGUAAGAAGAGAAAAGAAGCAGAGAAAAGGAAUGAGAGAGAGAACACAGGUGAUAGGAGGAAAGGAGAGAGAGUAAGAAUUAAAGUGAUAUAAGAAGAAUGAAUUUGUGUGUUAAUUUACUGUAUGCUGGCAUACAUGUUUUGAUACACAUAAUAUAUAUAUACUCUUGUGUCUUUUUAUAUUGGAUACGUAAUACAUUCCAAGCUACAAGUCAUUCCGAGCAUUUUUUUUUCUAUUUAUUUCCCGACACACUUGUAUA